UUUUAGUCUCAGUGCUCAUGCGACGCGUAUACAACACGUUUACGGGAGAUUAAAGUAACAAAUGCGAUACGUGUUGAUUGUGUAGUUUAUAUUUUGUUUAAAUGGUUAAGUGAUUAAAUGAAGGAAAAUCAAAUGGUUUCCUCGCCCAAAAAAUACACACUUGCCGUAUGUACCAAUGAAAAAGUGAAUGAAAGAAAAGAAUUAUAAGAAAAAAUACAACAAAAAGAAGUAUGUAAUUAAAAGUGCGUUUAAUUUUAUAUAAAAAAAAAAAAUAAAACACAAAUAUUUUUCAACAAAAUUAUCUGUGAAAAUUGUGUAGCAAGAAAAAUUCCAAUAAAAAAUAUAUUCACAAUUGUUGGCAGAUAACGAACGCAUUCAAAUACGAAAACAAGAAGUGAAAAUUUAAUUUCAAAAGUAACUGGGAUGCAAAAUACGUAAAAGUGAAAAAUCGAUCUGCACUUUUAGAGUAAAAUAAAAUAAUUUUGUUUAGUUGUUGGUGUUUUAAAUAGGUUUGGUUUGUGUUAAAAACAGCAUUUUAUUAACUAACUUCUACAAACGUGUUUAUAAAACUUUUAUUGUUUGCUGUCUGACAUACGUCCACGUUGUCGUCAUCAGUAACAACAUCAAAAUUACAAAAAAGAACUACAACAAUAUAAUAAUAUCAACAUAAUGACACGCCUUACCGAAGAAAUGGUCAUUGCUAGAUCCAAACAAUCGGAUUUGAGCUCUAUUAAAAAACUUAAUUGUUGGGGAAGUGAUCUCAGUGAUGUUUCAAUUAUAAAACGAAUGCGUGGCGUUGAAGUGUUGGCGUUAAGUGUCAAUAAGAUUAGUACGUUGCAACCAUUUGAAGACUGCCUGAAAUUACAGGAAUUAUAUUUACGUAAAAACAAUAUACAAGAUAUAAAUGAAAUUGCAUAUUUGCAAAAUCUUCCAAAUCUUAAGUAUUUAUGGUUAGAAGAGAAUCCAUGCUGUGAUCGUGCCGGAGCCAAUUAUCGUGCAAUUGUGUUGCGUGCUUUGCCAAAUUUAAAGAAACUGGAUAAUGUUGAAGUGACACAAGAAGAAGUUGAUGAAGCUUCACGUGGUGGCAGCGGUGGUGGUGGAGUGGCUGUUGAAGAUGAUCCCUAUGAUGAUGCCUAUGAACAACAACAGCAGCAGCAACAACAGCAGCAACAACAAUAUGAACAGCAACAGUAUCAACAACAGCAGCAGCAACAACAACAAAGACAACAGCAGCAACAACACCAACAACCACCACAGCCUCAACAACAACAGUAUCAAUCAUCUCAGUAUCAACAACGUCGAAGUUCAAGUCCACAAAAAGAGCCUCCGCAACAAACAAGUCCUGCCACAACAGAAGACAGUGUAAGCGAAACAAAUAAUGCUAAUGGGUCGUCUAAAGCCUCUACGCCAUCUCAGGAACAAUUACACUCACCAUCGCCAAAAUAUAAUUCAACACCCAAAGAAAAUCGUUUAUCCUACCAUCAAUAUGAUAGAUCACCUGAUACAGAUCAGGAAAGUCCACAUGGUGGAGGUUUUAGGGUACCUAUACCACCCAGUGCUUCGACGCAUUCCAUGAAGGAAUACUAUCAGUCUGAUCGUCCUGCUUAUCCUGCCCACUAUCGUCACAGUCAAACCGAUUUAACUGAAUGGGAUGAACAUCAUCAGCAACAGCAUCACAGUAAUCACAAUCCUUAUGGCAGUACGGCUGCCCUACAUCACAUGGGUCAAAGGCGUAGCGCCGGACCCGAGAGAACAGAACCUGUAGAUCGUUAUGCUUAUAGAAAUGGCAGAGAAAAUGGUGAUUGGGAGGAUGAAAGACCAAGACCAAGACGACCCGAUGGCCGUUAUGCCGAUUCGGCUAGUACUGUUUCCACAGCGGUAUUAAAUCAUUAUAGUGGUUAUCAUAGGAGACCAAUUAAUAGAAGCUCCAACUUAUUGUCGGCGACAUUGUGUUUAGUUAAAGAAUUGGACUAUCCCAGCCUUGAAGUAGUUGAACAUGCAGUACGCUGUCGCAUUGAUGAAUUGUCUGCCGAAUGAUGAUGAAUAAGACGCAUGCCCUCCUAUUGAUAUGGAUUAAAUGCAUGCUUAAAUUUGAUAUUUUGCAAACAUAAAAACUAAUUGUACAAUAUAUGGCUAAAAUAUGUUUUCGAAUAA